GCAAAGAGAGCGAACUGCGAACUGCUGUAGUUGGCACGCCGUGGCGGUCGUUGCCCAGGCUAUGCCAUAGAUCGGGAAAGUGGUUGACGUUCCGGCAUAUUCUGUGGUGCAGUUAGUGAGCCGGUCCGCCAAGCGCGCCGCUACUGGUUGAACCCGCCCCGGGGUGUCGCGGAUUACGGUGCUACUGGUUCGGCUGGCUGGUCGUAGCUACUGUUGUGUGUCUCGGGGAGGAAGGAGAGCAAGCUCCUUGUCCUUGGGCGGGGAGAGCUGCAUCAAAUGGACGAAUGGUCGACGCUAGAGGGCCUUGGGCUCGCGACGGCGCAACUUACGUCUCUGGCGAGGCGGGGGAGUUUCUCUAGGGAUGAUGGCGUGUCGAUUGAGUUCUGCAACUUCUGCCAGGAAAACGCGAAGCACCACGUGCUGCUGCUCACCGGCUGGGACGAGUCCUUCCUCAAGUACGGCGACGUGAUAUCGGAGCUGCUGCAGGCCGGCAUCAACGUUUACGCCAUGGACUGGCGCUCCCAGGGGCUCUCUGGCCGGCACUUGCUCGACCCCCAGGUGACGUACGUGGAAAGCUUCGAUGACCACCUGGACGACCUGAGCUUCUUCGUGAACCAGGUGGUAGUCGAGUCAUGCGGCGUGAGGACCUCCCAGCUGACCUGUCUCGCGCACUCUAUGGGGGGCUUGCUUUCGCUCAUGGCAGCGGCGGGUGACCGGGGCUUGUUCCAGAGGCUAGUAGUGUGCUCGCCGAUGAUCAUGAUGAAGUGCGGCAUGCCGCACUUCGUGGCCCUGUGGCUCGGGCGCCUGUUCUGCAGACUCGGUAUGGGCUCGAGCUACGCGCCUGUACAGAGCGGGGUCGACGUGUCUAGGCCGAUCACGAUGAAACUGACGACGGACAAGGCGAGGCUCGCAACGUGGGAGAGAAUCCGAAGAGCCUACCCCAUCGUGGCCAUGGGGGGCAUGAGCAACCUCUGGGUCGUGGAGGCCAUCAAGGCGCAGAACUGGUUCAGAGCAAGGGCCAAGCAGGUCUCGGUCCCCGUUCUGCUGCUGGAGGCGGGCGUGGACGUCUUCGUGUGCACGUCGAGACCUUUCAGGGAGCUCUGCCGCGCGGUGCCAAGCUGCCGCCGCCUGUGCUACCCCACGACGUACCACGAGAUUCUUUUCGAGAAGGAGUGGGCACGCUCUCACGCCAUGAAGGCGACCAUUACCUUCCUCAAGUCGGGCGAAUACCCGGCGCCCGGCGAGACGACGGUCAUCACCCCGCCGCGUCUUUCGGAGGAAGCACGGCAGAAGAAGAUGAAACUGUUGCUGGUCCGCUUCUGUUACGUAGUGAUGGGGGCCGGUCUCGGCGUCGCGGGCGUUGCCUUCUUCAAACGCAGGGGCUCCGUACUUGCGGUUCGGAAGUAGCUCUUGGGAAAAAACUUGUCAAUUUUUGGGAGUGGGAACCACGAAGCGUCAGAGUGUCAUGGUUCCAGUAGGAAGGUUGGUCGUGUUUCACGCGGGUAGUUCUUCGCGCGGCAGUGUUGUCGUCAGCCAGUCGUGAACGAUCUCGGCCCCCCUCUGAGGGUGCCGUGGUGGCGAUACACAGUGGUAUCCGUCGUGUUCCCGUAGUGUUCUGUUCGGCUCUCCCCCUUGCACUCGGUUGAGACACAACCGAGACACUGGGAUAGAUCCGCUUGAUGAGAUGCUAUCACGAUAGAGAGGGGGGGGUUACAUCCGUCAGAUGGGGCAAAUCUGUGCCUGCUUCAUUUCGCGGUUGAAACGUCGUUUGUGACUCGGGAACCGUUUCGGCGCGAUAGGUUGCAGGCGCUCGCGCGAAUAUUGGUGUGGUGUGGUUCCAAGCGAACGUUCCGCUGCAUACAACACACCCACCGCCUAUCGUGUUUUUUAUUCCUCCGGAUACCUUUCGUGGAAGUCUUGUCUGCACGCUGCUUUUCAAUUUUUGUGCGAGGGUAGUGCUUUCCCCGCUCCAACAUCAUUAUGAUAACGACCGCGCUCAUGGAAUGACCAAGCAAGGCGUGUGAGCGUAGUCGCUGCGAUUUUUUGGCGCGGUAUGCGGCCAGUCAGGCCGGCCGAUCAGGAAGGGGGGACGGCGCCACCCGCCAGACCCUCGUUGUAUCGUAGCGCCUGAGACCGAUAGACGUCGAAACCCGGUGGUGCUAGGUACUAAACGAUGGUAAGGCGUUUCUAGCAUUGAAUACGCUGCUGCCCCUCUCCCCGCCGUCACUUUCUAUGGCGACCCCUCACGGUCGUUUGUUGUGGGUUAGGGUUGUGAACGAGCACCGACAGGGGUGCGUUUGCACAGGAAUUAUUCUUUCUGAUCCCUGUUUAUACAUUUCCUCAGUAGAGAAGGCAAGGCCGCGGCUGCUUCGUUGGUAGGUUUGCGAGGAGCAGAUGUUGGAAUGCUUUUUAUGGCGCAUAUUUUCAAGUUGGCGUUUGAAAGAAUCG